UUCCACCCGGCCGGCAUCCGCAAAGGGGAUCAGGAAGUUCGCUUGAAGGAACUGCAGCCACAGGCAACAAUGCGUUCACUUCCCACUCGCACAACAGCAGCACACACACACACACACACCACAUACACUUCGUUGCAACUGAGCGACAACGCUGGAUAUGGAUGGUUCGCUGGGCGCUCGCAUGGCUGCCUUUGUGGCAGCUACUGCUCUACUUGUGGCCAGCUUUGGUGUCUCUGAUGCCAUCCUCGACCUGGGCGAUGAGCUCACCUUGGAAGACUUUCUCGCAGACGCGGGCAUUGAUGGCUGUGUGAUGCUGACCCCAUCGUCCACCGGCUAUCAUUUUGAAAGGGGUCAGGCUUCAGGCCUCUCACGCUCCCGAUGCACUCUUGGUGGCGCGUGCCAGUGCCGCCAGUUCGAGGCGUGUGACAACGGAGAUUGCCUCAAGGUGUACCGCUGCAACGACACGGAAUCCAACGGCUGCGUCGCCGUCUCCAGUUGCGUCCAAACCACAUUCGACACGACGUUUGAGGUGACUGUCGACUGCCGCGAACCACUUGAUGAGCGCGAUGAGGACGGUAUCGACUUCUUUGGCAUGCGCUGGAAGCAGGCCCUCGCUGAGGACUGCAACAUUGGACGCGUGUGCCGGUACAACGGCGACACAGCAGCCACGAUUGAAGUCAUCAACGGAACCACAUUUCGCACCACCACCCUCAACCCAGCGCACGUACAGCUGCUACAGGCCUGCGCAAUGACGGUGGACAGGUUCCGUUUCAACUUCUGCUCAGUCACUGGCAUUGUCGAAGUUGAACCGACAACGACCACUACCACCACAACCACAACGACAACGACAACCACAACAACUACCAUGACAACCACAACAACUACAACCACGACUACAACAACAACAACAACAACAACAACAACAACAACAACAACAACCACGACUACAACCACGACUACAACCACGACGACGACGACGACGACUACCACCACAACAACCACUACAACCACUACAACAACAACCACGACGACCACAACAGAGUGCACACCUGACUGCGAAAGCAGCGUCAACGCCUGCAUCGGCAAGGCCAUUGAGGAGGAUGGCGUGCGCGAUGCGUUUGGGGACUGCCUGUCCACCACAGAUCACUUCAGCGUGUUUGCGUUUGUGCAAAUGGGCAUCUGUCUUGCUGAUUGUGAUGACAUCACGCCGACCACCACCCACGCCGAGGCGCAACGCUCCCUCCGAUGCUUUCGCUUCUGCGCCUAUGGGUCAGCUGACAUGGACUGCGAUGUUGAUUUCACGACGACGACAACAACAACAACAACAACAACAACAACAACAACAACGACAACGACGACGACGACGACGACGACGACGACGACGACGACAACAACAACUACAACUACAACAACCUCAGGGUUUCCCGAAAACAUCUGCCCAACAAUCAGCACACCUGUGGCUUCCUUGUAUGAUUAUUCCGAUGGUAAAGGCGUUCAAUUUACCAUUGACGGCGGUGCACCUGUUGGUACGGAGAUCAAGUGUGCUGGUUAUUCCGAUGAACCCGACAACCAAUACGCCAACAUCCUCGACAAUGCAACGGCGUUUUGGUUCGUAUCGACUCUGCACGAUCGAUACUUCCACUUUGCAAUCUUGGAAGAUGCGACUGGCGCGACGCAGACUCUCCAAGAAUAUGGGCUCAACGCCACAUUUACCCACGGCUGCAGUGCGCGGCUCAAGAACUCUGGUGCAGACUGCCCUGUCGUGCUGUCUGAUCCAACGUCUACCAGCCCCACGUGCUUUCCUGGUUGGGCCGAGGUGAUUCUGGAGAGCGGCGAGCGUGUGCAGCUGCGGAACCUCAAGACUGGCGACCGCGUGCUUUGCCUGCAGGCAUCGGCCGGCAACGCCCUCGGCUACUGCGAGCUCAAGACUUUCCAGCACGUGGAGCUGAACGGUACCACGACGUCUGUCGAGCUGCACUACACGGACAAGGACGGCAACCCCGCACUGAUGUCCGCAACACCGGACCACUUUGUAUUCCGCGCGGACGAGGACGUACACCUCGCUGACGGCUUGACGGUGCAGCCUGCAGGCGAGUUCAUCUUCACUGGCGAGUUUGCUGUUGGCGACCGCCUGCUGCGCUACGACGCCGACGUUGGUGUCGUGUACACCGUGAACAUCACCAGCAUCACGUACGCUAUCGAGCCAGACUACUUCACGCCGCUGACGGACGAUGGCUCCACGCUCUUUGUUGAAGACGUGUUUGCGUCCUCGUUUGCCAUCUUGGAGAGUCCUGAUGUCAUCCGCCUCGUCCUGGCGCCCAUCUGGCAGAACGACGACGCACGCUUCACAGAGCCGACGGCAGGCAAGGACUUCCCCGAGGGCCUGCACCCGUUCACGACGCAGCUGUACUCCAUCUUCCUCGCGGCAGAGAUGAACGGCCAGGCGAUUGACGUUGAGGGCAUGGCCACCGCCAUCGCCCAGCAGCUCGCCGUCGGCCACGUCUUCACGCAGCAGGAGAUGCUCCAGCUCAUUCCAAACUACAUCAGCUGA